CGGUUCACACUCUCGUCCCACCGCAAAGCGAUGAGCCUGACUGGAAAUCGCCUCCUCAGCUGAUGAUAGGAGCGAUUGAUGAUAGAAGGCGCUGUCUUCGCCUCCUUGCAGCCAGAGACCUACCAUGAAUUUGACAUUUCUUGCUCUAACAGCCGCACUUUUGGCUGCGAAUAGCGGCUUCUGUUAUUCUAGCAGCGUCCCGUCAUUCAUCCUGCCGUUUACUGACUGCGUGCAGAGCCGUGGGAAAGACGGUUUCUACCGGGGAGCGAUAGACGUCACCGAGUCCGGCACCCGGUGUAUGAACUGGACAGAAGUGGCCGGCUUCAAGGAGCGCUACCCUGGCAAAGGAGUUGGAGAGCAUAACCACUGCCGCAACCCGGACGGCAGGAUCCGACCCUGGUGCUUUUUUAGGAACCACAAAGGCAGAGCUGACUGGGGCUAUUGCGACUGUAAACAAGGCUCUGUGCGUUUGCAAGGAGGCCGCACCAAGCUAGAUGGCAGGGUCGAAAUGUAUCUUGGAGGAGUGUGGGGGUCUGUCUGUAGCGAUGACUGGGGGGACGAAGACGCUGCAGUGGUUUGCAGACAGCUGGGCAAGGGGAUCUCAGGUCGUGCACGUGCAGUUCCCCUGUUUCAUCCAAGCAUGGCCAAACUCCAUUGGAGGGCAGUCCAUUGCCAGGGAGAGGAGUCAGACCUGCUCCAGUGUCCUAAGACUGUGUGGAAUGGAGGGGAAUGUAAUCUGGCUGCAGCCAUCACUUGCACACAGCAGCAAGAAGUGGCGCUCCCUAUAAGGCUGGUGGGAGGUGCAUCGGGGUCAGAGGGCACAGUGGAGGUCUUCCAUGCGGGGCAGUGGGGGUCCAUAUGUGACGACCAAUGGGAUGACAGUGAUGCAGAGGUGGUGUGUCGACAACUGGGGCUGAGCGGUGUAGCGAGGGCAUGGGGCCAGGGACAUUUUGGCAAGGGUUCAGGCCGUGUGCUGCUGGAUGAGGUACGAUGCACAGGCAAUGAGCUCACUCUGGAGCAGUGUCCAAAAAGUGCCUGGGGGGAACACAACUGUCAGCACUCUGAGGAUGCAGGAGUGUCCUGCAACCCUCUUACAGAUGGCUCUCUUAGGUUGGUUGGGGGCGCAACCAGCUAUGAGGGACGUUUAGAAGUAUUUUACCGUGGCCGGUGGGGGACAGUGUGUGAUGACGGCUGGACAGACUCUAACACACAAGUAGUGUGCCGACAACUUGGUUACAGAUUAGGUGAGACUCUCCUUUCCGAAGGAUUAGACAUCACUCCAGUCCCGCGCUUCGGGGUGGGGUCAGGUCCCAUUCUCUUGGAUGAUGUGAGCUGCACAGGGAAAGAACCAAGCAUAUUAGUGUGCAACAGGAACGAGUGGCUCCAGCACGACUGCACACAUCAUGAAGAUGUUAACAUCGCUUGCAGCCCUGGUCGCAAUGGAGAGAGUCUUCCAAUGAGUAUGCCGGUAAGACUAGUGGGAGGAGAGAGUCCUAAGGAAGGUCGGGUGGAGCUCUAUCUGUCCGGGCAAUGGGGGACCGUUUGUGAUGACGGAUGGACUGACCAUGACGCUGAGGUGGUAUGCCGGCAGAUGGGAUACAGUGGGGUGGCAAAGGCCCGUGUGAUGGCGUACUUCGGGGAAGGGACAGGACCGAUCCACGUGGACAAUGUGAAGUGCAGCGGCGAGGAGCGUUCGUUGGCAGCCUGCAUCAAACAGCCACCCGGCACACACAACUGUCGCCAUAGUGAGGACGCUGGGGUCAUCUGUGACUAUGGUGAAUCUCAGCACAGCUACCAAGAGGUGAAAGAUCCUGUCAACUCAAUCUGUGGUUUGCGGCUUAUACACACUCGCCAGAAACGAAUUAUAGGAGGAGAAAACUCUCUGAGAGGGGGUUGGCCAUGGCAGGCCGCGGUUCGGUUGCGAGGAUCUCGUGGAGACGGGAGGUUGGUGUGUGGAGCGACUCUGAUUGACAGCUGCUGGGUCCUCACAUCGGCACACUGCUUCAAGAGAUAUGGAAACAGCACCAAGCAGUAUAAAGUUAGAGUGGGCGACUACCACUCCCUUGUGCCUGAGGAAUACGAAGAAGAGUACGGUGUUGAUCAAAUCGUCAUCCACCCAAGCUACCGGUCCCAAAGCAACGAUUACGACCUUGCCUUGGUUCGUCUGUCACCUGGGGCAGUGGGCCAGAUGCCGGGAGAGUGUGUGUCAUUCAGCCGUCAUGUCCUUCCUGCCUGUCUGCCCAUGAAGAAAGAGAGAGUGCUCAAACAAGCCAGCAACUGUCACAUUACCGGCUGGGGAGAUACAGGUGAUUUGAUAUGA